AGAAUAGAUAGAUAGAUAGAUCAAGAUAGAUAGAUUUUAGAGGAAUAGUAUGAGUGGUCUUACUCAUCUUCAACCAGGUUACUCUGAGUUUGUUGAACUUGAUCCCUCUGGAAGAUAUGGCAGAUACAAUGAAAUCCUUGGCAAAGGCUCUUCAAAGACUGUUUAUAGAGCAUUUGAUGAGUAUGAGGGGAUUGAAGUUGCUUGGAACCAGGUCAAACUCUAUGAUUUCCUGCAAAGCCCUGAAGAUCUUGAGAGGCUCUACUGUGAAAUUCAUUUGCUCAAGACAUUGAAACACCACAACAUUAUGAAGUUUUACACUUCUUGGGUUGAUACUGCAAACAGGAACAUCAAUUUUGUCACUGAAAUGUUCACUUCUGGGACUCUAAAACAGUAUAGGCAAAAGCACAAGCGAGUCAACAUUAGAGCAGUGAAGCAUUGGUGCAGACAGAUCUUGAAAGGUCUUCUCUAUCUUCAUAGCCAUGACCCACCAGUCAUCCACAGAGAUCUCAAGUGUGACAACAUUUUUAUCAAUGGCAACCAAGGGGAAGUGAAAAUCGGUGAUCUUGGCCUUGCGGCGAUUCUUCGAAAAUCCCAUGCUGCUCACUGUGUUGGGACACCAGAGUUCAUGGCUCCAGAAGUAUAUGCUGAGGAGUACAAUGAAUUGGUUGAUAUUUAUUCUUUUGGGAUGUGCAUCUUGGAAAUGAUCACCUUUGAAUAUCCCUAUAGUGAAUGCACUCAUCCUGCUCAGAUCUACAAGAAAGUUAUCUCUGUGAAAAAACCCGAUGCCUUCUACAAAGUGAAAGAUCCAGAGGUGAGGCAAUUUGUUGAGAAAUGCUUGGCCACCGUGUCACAAAGGCUCUCCGCGAGGGAGCUUUUGAAUGACCCUUUUCUCCAAACUGAUGAUUGUGAAUCGGAUUUAAAAUCGAUAGAGUGCCGGAGAGAAACAGACUACAUGAACCCUUUGUUAAGGCAUCCUUAUCUUGAACUUGAUUAUGAAGGAAAGUCAUUUAGUAACAGCUUCUUCAACGGCUACUCCAAUGGUGUUGUCAACUUGGAAGCCCAAAAUGGAUGGGAGUUCCAUUCAACUGACAUCAAACAAAGUGGAAUGGAACUAUUUGAAUACAAUGACGAUGAACAUGAUGAGCAUCCUGUUAAUGUUGAUAUAACCAUCAAAGGGAAGAGAAGAGAAGAUGGUAGCAUCUUUUUAAGACUCAGAAUUUCAGACAAAGAAGGACGCAUCCGAAACAUCUAUUUCUCAUUUGACAUUGAAACCGAUACAGCAUUAAGUGUUGCGACUGAAAUGGUUGCAGAGCUGGAUAUGACCAAUCAAGAUGUGACUAAAAUAGCUGAUAUGAUUGAUGGAGAGAUUGCUUCGCUGGUACCCGAAUGGGAGCCAGGGCCAGGAAUGGAAGAAACUUUUAGAACAAUCUUCUGUGUAAAUAAAAUAAAUUGAAACUAAAUUAAACAAAAUAAAAUAAAAACUUACAGAAUUUAUUUUGUCGAACCAAAUGAAAAAUAAAAGAC